UCCUUGUCCCAGCCUCCUGGUUUUUAAGAGCCACCCAGCAGCCUCCGUGAUUGGAUUGGAUAGUUUAUAGCCACUGUGCUGAGUGCUUGAGGACGUGUUUCAACAGAUGGUUGGGGUUAGUGUGUGUCAUCACAUUCGAGUAGGGAUUAGAGAGGGAAGGUUGGCUUCCAAGGAGCUGUGUGGUCCUCCUGAGGUGGGAACCUCUGAAACACAGAGUAGCACAAUAUCUGCCGCACUUCGAGGAGACCUUCUGCAUCAGUAACUUUCAACAUCUUCUAGUUAUUUUUUCUAAAGUAAUGGUAGCCAAUAAGCCCUUCUGUCACUGGAUUCCAGAAAGGAAGUCACCAUGAAUCAUUUCGCCUUAGUCCAGUUUGUUCUCUUGGCUGUUCUUGAACUACAUAGAUGUGUCAGCUCAGCUCCAUCAACACACGGAGUGCGAGGACGUUUACGUCCAGAAAGAAGAAAUAUCAGGCCAAACAUCAUACUCGUAAUGACCGACGAUCAAGAUGUUGAGCUUGGCUCUUUGCAAGUGAUGAACAAAACCAGGAAGAUAAUGGAGCAGGGUGGCACUUCAUUCAUCAAUGCUUUUGUCACAACUCCCAUGUGUUGCCCUUCUCGAUCCUCCAUGCUGACAGGGAAGUAUGUCCACAAUCACAACACCUACACCAACAAUGAGAAUUGCUCUUCGCCUUCAUGGCAAGCUCAGCAUGAACCUCGAACCUUUGCAGUGUAUCUCAACAAUACUGGCUACCGAACUGCUUUCUUUGGGAAAUAUCUCAAUGAAUACAAUGGCACCUACAUUCCACCUGGGUGGCGAGAGUGGGUUGGGCUCGUCAAGAAUUCUCGCUUUUAUAAUUACACUGUCUGUCGGAAUGGCUACAAGGAGAAGCAUGGAUUUGACUAUGCCAAGGAUUACUUCACAGAUCUAAUUACCAAUGACAGCAUCAGCUACUUUCGUUUGUCCAAGCGAAUGUACCCACACAGGCCAGUGCUAAUGGUCAUCAGCCAUGCUGCUCCUCAUGGACCAGAAGACUCAGCUCCCCAGUUCUCUGAACUCUUCCCAAAUGCAUCUCAACACAUCACACCCAGUUACAACUAUGCGCCAAAUAUGGACAAGCAUUGGAUUAUGCAGUACACUGGACCUAUGAUGCCAAUACACAUGGAAUUCACCAAUUUCCUGAAUCGUAAACGACUGCAGACACUGAUGUCAGUAGAUGAUUCUGUUGAAAAGAUUUAUGAAAUGCUUGUUGAAACGGGAGAGCUGGAAAACACAUAUAUCAUUUACACUGCUGACCAUGGCUACCAUCUUGGACAGUUUGGACUUGUGAAAGGAAAAUCCAUGCCUUAUGAUUUUGACCUAAGGGUUCCCUUUUUUAUCCGGGGUCCUAAUGUUGAGCCAGGAUCUGUCAAUCCAUCUGUGGUUCUGAAUAUCGAUCUUGCACCAACUAUUCUGGACAUCGCAGGACUAGAUACUCCCCCUGACAUGGAUGGCAAGUCAAUUCUAAAACUUCUAGAGAUGGAUAAAACAGGAAACAGAUUCGGGUUCAGCCGGAAGCAAAAAGUAUGGCGAGACACCUUUCUUGUGGAGAGAGGCAAGUUCCUGCGCAAGAAGGAGGAGACCAGGAGCAAUACGAAUAGCAUGCCGCAAUCUCCAAACCAUCUUCCCAAAUAUGAAAGAGUGAAAGAGCUGUGUCAACAACCUAAAUACCAGACUACCUGUGAGCAGCCUGGACAGAAAUGGCAGUGCAUUGAGGAUACAUCCGGUAAACUGCGCAUCCACAAGUGCAAAGGGCCAUUUAAACCAUCCUCAAGCAAAAAGAGAACCAGGAGCCUGAGGUCCAGAGGUUACAGCACCAGGCAGAAGGAGUGUAACUGCCAGCAAACUAACUACAGAGCUGCUAGAGAUGAACGAAGAAACCCAAAACCGAUACCUCCCAGCGAACAAAGAUAUAAACCCCGUUUUGUGCACACCAGAGCCUCGCGCUCUCUGGGUGAGGACACAGAAGAGCUAGAAUAUGAUGCUGACCCUGCAGAAGAGUUCGAAACCGCAGCAGCUUUUGAGCUGGAGGAUAUAAGUAGCCAGAGUGAUGAGCUGGACACAGCCCUGGACAUGGAUGAUGAAGAGGAUUUUGAAGAUAUGCUAGCUGAUGAUACAAAUGCUGUGGGCCCAUCAAGCUCCAUUAAAGUGACUCACAAGUGUUACAUCCUGACUAAUGAUACAGUGCAUUGUGAACAAGAAAUUUACCGAUCUUCCCGAGCCUGGAAAAAUCACAAGAGUUACAUCGAUCAAGAGAUCGAAUCUCUUCAGGACAAAAUAAAGAAUCUAAGGGAAGUCAGAGGUCAUCUAAAACAAAAACGGCCUGAUGAAUGUGAAUGUGCUGGAAACAGCUACUAUAAGAAAGAAAAGGGGCUAAGAAACAAAGACAAGCUGAAGAACAGAAACAGCCAACUUCACCCUUUUAAGGAAGCAUCACAAGGUGGAAGCAAUAAACUGCAAAUCUUCAAUGAGAGCCGCCGAAAGAAGAAAGAGAAAAAACAAAAAAAGCGACAGAAAAAGGGCGAUGACUGCAGUCUACCUGGCCUGACCUGCUUCACACAUGACAACAAUCAUUGGCAGACUGCCCCCUUCUGGAAUUUGGGAUCAUUCUGUGCUUGUACCAGUUCCAACAACAACACCUAUUGGUGUUUACGAACGAUAAAUGAAACCCACAAUCUUCUCUUCUGCGAAUUCGCUACUGGCUUUUUGGAGUACUUUGACAUGAAUACUGAUCCCUAUCAGCUGACAAAUACAGUUCACACUGUUGAGAGAGGAGUACUGAGCCAGCUCCAUGUACAGCUCAUGGAGUUAAGAAGCUGCCAAGGUCAUAAACAGUGUAACCCAAGGCCGCAGGGUCCUGAAACAGAGAAGAACGAUGGGAUGGAUGGAAAGGCUAGUUUGGCUAGUUCCACUGAUGACAAUGUCAACUGGCAAGGACUGGAAGAUCUGUACAGUGUAAACGAGAGCUUGUUUCAGUAUCGACACAGUAAUAACCUUAGCCUGGAUGACUGGACUAAUUACUGGAAGGAUGUAGAUAAUAUGUUUGCACUGUUACAGCGUUUUCAUAAAUUAAAUGUAAACAAUAAUUUUACAGCCUCUAAUGAGGAGGUGAUCGAAGCUUCAUCCUCUUCAGCUUUUGCAUCUGGGGAAAUGCCCUCUGUAGAGCUGGAAGAAGCUGAAUCAAGUGGUAAGAUGGCACCAGUGAUGAGCCCAUUGCCAGCAAUCCCCAGUUUGGACUUGGGAACUCUUAACUUUAAAGCAGAUCUGUUAAGCCCUGUAUUGAAACUUGAAUAUCCCAAUGACAUACCUGAGAAAGCGAGGUUUGAUCCAGAGCACAGGAGGAACAAUUAUAUUGAAACCUGGACCAAGCAGAUGGACAAUGACUUGGAUGGAAACAGCUUUGCCUUCAGUGGUAAUGGAGUGGAUGAGAUGGAGGUGAAACAUGGCUUUGUCUUGCAGUCAGUCUCGAGUUUUCAGCUGGACCAGGAUGAUGGUGAAGAAGACGACAUCUUCAGAGGUCAGGCCUACUUACCAGUGGACUCGGAGCACCUCUCUGUUGAUGAAACUGCAAAGCACACCUCCCUGAUGGGUGAUGCUGCCCUUCCUAGUAAGGAGAAUGUGCGUCAGAAAGGGAACGAUGAGAAACGAACCUCUGAUAACCUAGAAGGCAGUGGCUCCUUCCUUCUCCACUUAACCUGAAUAUGCUUUUUGUCCUAGCACACCAAGAUGGCGAACUUUCUUUAGAUGGGAAAAAAUGAAACUGGGGCACUUGUUGUCUAUACUUUGGAAUUAAACAUUUCCAGGAUUAGAAAUGCAGCGUGAAACAAGUGGUACUUUUAAAAAGUAAUUUAUAUGUUGUUUAACAAGAACUUUUAUAUAGUUGGAUAAAUGCUAUUUAAUGAUUGUGUAACUAAACCAAAUGUAGUGCAUUUCUUCCUGAAGCCAAUACAGAUAUUUUUAUAUAUUAUAUAUUUAAAUUCCAAGCCAAUUACUGUAUACACACAGAUCUCUCCAAACAUGGCUUCCUCACAGUGUGAUGGCAUGAAGCCCUCAAAGUGCACUCUUCAAAGUAGCUACCACUUACGGUUGUUAAAGCUGUCUUCUUGAUUUUCUUACACCUUUGUUGCACUUUCUUGUUUUUCAGUUAUUUGUAGAAUUUAUUUCACUUUAGAAAAAAAAACAUUCAAAGCAGAUGAAAUGCAGAUAUAUCAGAAAAUUGUUACUUGCUUAACCUGAUAUUUCUUGCCAGUUGUUGUCAAGCAAAAUCAAAAGAAAAUGACAAAGGAAUGUCUAUCAUUACUUCAGUGAACCCAGAUGUUCAUUGUCUUUGUUGAUCAAAGUUUUAAAGUUUAAACGUUCACUAAAGAAACUGUAUAAAUGUCAAGUCCCAAGAAACAAACUGUCAUCUCUUUGGGGAUGUUAGAUGUACACAGUUUGAUUGAGACAAGGGUAUGCAGAUGGAUAUGCAUAAAUAAAACAGUGUAACGAUGAAACAAGUAAUCCAACCCCAGGCCUGAAAGGAGGAAACCCACUCUGACAUAUACAGUAUGUGUGCUUCAUGGUGCCCUUCACAAAUCGCAUCAGCCUGAGUAGAACUUGAACGCAGCCUUCUCAUUAUGGAAUUGUGUGAAACCGUUGUAUUGUCGAUGCAGUUAUGUAACAAUUCUGACUUCGGGAAAGUCAAGAAGCGAUUUGUUUUGCUUUAAGAAAUAAAAUAUUUUUGUUUGUU